GACGUAAUCAAUUGUUUGCUGGUCCGGAAGCAGGUGAUUCUUGGGGCUGGUGCUCGUCGAAUUCCGAAGUCUGUUGGGGGGUUCUAUGGAAGAGAUGUCAGGAGAGAGCGUGGUGAGCUCGGCAGUGCCGGCGGCUACAACCCGGACCACCUCCUUCAAGGGCUCCAGUCCCAGCUCCAAGUAUGUGAAGCUAAACGUGGGCGGGGCGCUCUACUACACCACCAUGCAGACCCUCACCAAGCAGGACACCAUGCUCAAGGCCAUGUUCAGCGGCAGGAUGGAAGUCCUCACAGACAGUGAAGGCUGGAUCCUGAUUGACCGGUGUGGGAAACACUUUGGGACGAUUCUGAACUACCUUAGAGACGGGGCUGUGCCGCUCCCAGAGAGUCGUCGGGAGACUGAGGAGCUGAUGGCUGAGGCCAAAUACUAUCUGGUCCAGGGCCUGGCUGAUGAGUGUCAGGCUGCCCUGCAGAACAAAGAGUCAUACGAGCCGUUCUGUAAAGUUCCUCUGGUGACAUCAUUGAAGGAAGAACAGAGACUCAUCGCCACCUCUAAUAAGCCCACUGUCAAACUCUUAUACAACAGAAGCAACAACAAAUACUCCUACACCAGUAACUCUGACGACAACAUGCUGAAGAACAUUGAGCUGUUUGACAAGCUGUCGCUGCGCUUCAACAACCGUGUGCUCUUCAUCAAGGAUGUGAUCGGCGACGAGAUCUGCUGCUGGUCCUUCUACGGUCAGGGACGCAAGAUCGCUGAGGUGUGCUGCACCUCCAUCGUCUACGCCACAGAGAAGAAGCAGACCAAGGUGGAAUUCCCUGAGGCACGAAUCUACGAGGAGACCCUCAACAUCCUGCUGUAUGAGUCCCAGGAUGGGAGGGGUCCUGACAACGCUCUGCUGGAGGCUACAGGGGGUGCCGCUGGCCGCUCGCACCACCUGGACGAGGACGAGGAGCGCAUUGACAGGGUCCGCAGGAUCCACGUCAAGCGGCCCGACGAUCGCACACACCACCACCAGUAACCCCUGACUGACCACCCCCCUUGACCAUCCAAAGCCCAGCCCAUCCCUGGAUGUCUGAUCCUGGACUCUCAGUGGACCAUGUGUGUGCCUUACUUCCAGCGCCUCGCUCUCUCUUCUUCUCUCACCAGUCCCCCACAGCGGGAGCCCACUGCUGAGGAGAGACUUUGUGUGUAGUGGUGAAGUUGUUUCAUGUAGUACUCUGAGGAAGAAUGUCUGAGUCAUCCAACAUUUUGGGGUGUUUAGUGUCUCAGAGGCUGGUGGAGGCCGAGUUAGGAGGUGGUUGGAUUUUCUACUAUGUGUGAAUGUGAAUUGGAUUAUGAAUGGGACGUCAAUUGUGUGGAAUGGAAUUGUCAGUGGUUAUACUGGAGGGAAUUAAAAUGUCAGCAUCAUGCAUUUGUCUUUGGUCCUUGCUUUGUUGCAGCAAGAAGAACAAGAAUCAUUACGCCUGUUGCUGAGUUUCUGGAUAUUUGAUGUGUAUGGAGACACUAUAAUGGCAGUCAAUCAGGUGUUCUACAAAAACAGUCCACCAGGGGGCAUUAUUGAAACAAUCUGAGACAGGCCGCUAUCAAUUUCCAAUUAAAUCGUUGUAUUUUCCUUUUGCCCCAUUCUGUGAAUAUCGGUUGAAUCAAAAUAUCAUACAAUCGAGUACCUCCACUCUUCCACAACCUCUUUUUUUUAAUGAAUAGGAUUUUCCAUUUAAUGCAAUGUCCCUUCAUGCCAUGUAAGUGAUUGUUUAAAAGGAGACAACUUGAGCUGUGGUGUGAAGUGUUAUCUGGGCUGAAAGAGCUCCAAGGCUGAAAUGAAUGUCUGAAACCAGAGCUCAACCCAAGGAGGGCUUUUAACAGGCAGAGAAUUAGACCUGUUAACCGUACAUCUACACACUGUGUCCCCUUUUAACAAACACAGUACUUGUAGAUUCAUCUGUACAAUUGUACCACAAAAUGUUUUACAUAUUUAUACAUACCUUAUAACAAAUAAAACAUUUCUACAAGAA